CAUAAUCUAUCAACCGCUUCCAUUGUCCCCACAAACCGUAGCGGCCUACCAUAGUCAGUUCUAAACAGCACCUCGCCCCGAAUCGUUUGCGUUCUCUACCCUCCUGCCCUAGAGACGAUAUUGUACUGAUGCGACUUCUUCACUUCGACCAUUCCAAGAGGCUCGUCUCUAUAGACUUCAGCGGGAAGUCCAUUCCACCAUAUGCUAUUCUCUCACACAGAUGGGGAGAUUCCGAGGUUCUCUUCGAAGAUAUCAGAAGCGACACCUACAAAGACAAGGAGGGUCAUCGAAAGAUCGAGUUCUGCGCCGAACAGGCUGCCCAGGAUCAGCUACUGUACUUCUGGAUUGACACAUGCUGCAUUGAUAAAUGGAACCGUCGUGAGCGCUCAAAAGCGAUCAACUCGAUGUUUCGAUGGUAUAAAGAUGCGGCAAAAUGCUACGUAUUCUUACCAGACGUUUCACUAUCCACCGCGACAGAGAUAGCCCUACGAAGUAGCUGGGAGGCAUCCUUCCGGGCCAGCGAAUGGUUCACUCGAGGUUGGACGCUUCAGGAACUCAUUGCUCCUGUAUCAGUCGAGUUCUUUUCUUCUGAAGGACGGCGAAUAGGCGAUAAACGAUCCCUCGAGCAGCUGGUCCACGAGAUUACUGGUAUCCCAGUCGAGGCAUUGCGGAACUGUCCAUUAGACGGAUUUCCCAUAUCCGAGCGGAUGGAAUGGGCCGAAAAUCGCGAAACAACGGAAGAAGAAGACAAGGUAUACUGCCUUCUUGGACUUUUAGAUAUCUUCAUGCCUGCCUCCUAUGGCGAGGGAAAGGAGAAAGCGUGGACAAGACUCCAACUUGAAGUAGAAGCAACCAAUGGCGCCCCGUCCAUCAUUCCGUUUUCCCGGAACGAUCAUUUCGUUGGCCGGGAGUCACAGCUUGCUGAGCUGGAAGCAAAGCUCUUCGGAGGCAAGCAAACUACCAUGAUGGCAAUAACAGGACCAGGAGGAACGGGCAAAUCGCAGCUAGCGCUCGAGCUUGCGUACCAAACAAGACAAAGGAUCAAGAACUGCUCGGUCUUCUGGAUUGAUGCAAGCGACAUGGACAGUCUCUAUCAAUCGUAUGCGAGUAUUGCCCAAAAGCUCGACGUUCCUAGUUGGGACGACGAGAAGGCAGAUAUCAAGCAGCUGGUGAAACUACAUCUGAGCAGCAAGGGUGCAAGGCAGUGGCUGCUCGUUUUUGACAACACGGAUGGCAUAAACCUGGAGUCCAGCGGGUUGUCCACAGCAGGGGCUGUCGACUUGCUCGAUUACCUACCACAGUCUGAACUAUGUUCUAUCGUCUUCACAACAACCAAUGGCGACACAGCUAAGAGGCUAGCAUCACAGAAUAUUGUAGAGCUAGGGGAAAUGACACCAGAUACGGCCGAAAGGAUGUUGGAAAACUAUUUGAACACUCCGGUUUCAAGAAGUAAGCAGCAAGAGGCGGAGCUUUUGCUACAAGAGCUAUCGUAUCUUCCCCUGGCUAUUGUCCAAGCAGCAGCCUAUAUCAAUACCCGAAACAUGACGCUGCAAGACUACCGGUCACAAUUGCUUAAACACAAGGAGGAGGCUCUCGAGCAUAGGAGCGAGUUUUCGGAGGGCAAGCUACAAGAAUGCGAUACAAAAGGUCCGGUAACUAUCACACUUCUUAUCUCAAUGGACCAGAUCCGCGGUAGUGAUUCGCUGGCGGCAGACUAUCUAUUCCUCGCGGCCUGCGUAGACCGAAAAGACAUCCCGCUCGAUCUCCUGGAAGCGUCCUCACCUCGUGAAAGGGAAGAUGCGAUAAAAGUGCUCAACAGCUACGCGCUUGUUACGAGGCGACCUGCCGACUCCGCACUCGAUCUGCACCAGCUAGUACAUCGUGCUCUACGGAGUUGGCUCCAAAGGCAGGAGAGGCUGGACCAAUGGACCCAACAUGUUAUUGCACGGCUACUAGGGGUGUUCCCUGACGAUAAUCACGGUAGUAGAAGCAAAUGGAGACGAUUACUUCCCCAUGUUAAGUACGCUCUAUCACAUAGUCUCCCUGAACAAGAGGACGCGGAUAGAAUGACUCUGGUAUGGAAAUGCGCUAUGACACUGCUUAGUGACGGACGGUACAACGAGGCGGAAGAGCUGUUUGUGCAAGUGAUGGAGACGAGAAAGAGGGUGCUUGGGGACGAGCAUCCAGACACGCUGACCAGCAUGGCCAACCUGGCGUCGACGUACCGGAAUCAGGGGCGGUGGAAGGAGGCGGAAGAGCUACAAGCAAAAGACCUAGAAAUAUGCUCGAGGGUGCUUGGGGACAAGCAUCUAGACACGCUGACUAGCAUGGCCAACCUGGCGUCGACGUACUGGAAUCAGGGGCGGUGGAAGGAGGCGGAAGAGCUAGAGGUGCAAGUGAUGGGGACGUUUAAGAGAGUGCUUGGGGACGAGCAUCCAGACACGCUGAACAGCAUGGCCAACCUGGCGUCGACGUACCGGAAUCAGGGGCGGUGGAAGGAGGCGGAAGAGCUACAAACAAAAGACCUAGAAAUAUGCUCGAGGGUGCUUGGGGACGAGCAUCCAGACACGCUAAUCAGCAUGGCCAACCUGGCGUCGACGUACUGGAAUCAGGGGCGGUGGAAGGAGGCAGAAGAGCUAGGGGUGCAAGUGAUGGGGACGUUUAAGAGGGUGCUUGGGGACGAGCAUCCAGACACGCUGACCAGCAUGGCCAACCUGGCACACACGUGGAAGGCCCAAGGCCGGAGUAAAGAAGCGAUCUCAUUGAUGGAAAAGUGCUUCGAGCUACAGAAGCAGAUCCUUAGCCCUCAUCAUCCUAACACAGAGACUUCACUCAAGACUCUAAACGAGUGGCGGAUGGGGAAUUUAGAGAUAAGAACGUAACGUUAAUGCUGCUCUUAUUCCGUAGAACAUGAAACUAAUGCACAUGGUGAAC